AUGCGUCAGCAUUUUGGCCUUUCUUCUCGCCGCCCUGCUCAGUCUGACAAUGUCUUUUCCGGCAAAACCCUCUCACACAAGCAUUCCAGGUUAUUUGGGACCGGUCUUUCGAAAACCUCAACUCAGUCACGCCCAUACCCCUUAGAAACACCAAAGCCAGCCGAGACGGCGGAUCUAGACUAUGAAGAAGACGUGAAGCUUUGCAGCGGAUCGAAUCUUGCGCCUAUUGGCUAUGAAGAAGAAGAGAUCUUUGGAGCUGAUGCUACGCCUUCGAGCAAUUGGGGAGCCAGAUCGCUUCCGCUUCCCCCCAGGAGUGAGGAUGGCCAUGGCGAUGCUCGAGACUCUUCUUUCACCAGCAGCAUUACAACUCUGUCACGUCCAGUAAUAUUGCAGAGCAGCGACCACUUCCCCAGGAUGAUGAACGACCUUAGGCUUGAUGGGUCAGGACCGGCUCUUUUGAUGUCGGAUAUCAGCCGCCAUCUUCGGAAAACAUCCUCCUCAUAUCCAUCUCAUGGUAAAGCAUCGACUCGGAUUCAGUCACCAGAAUCAAUGCUUCGUCCAAAUAAGCUUAGUCUUACCGACUUGUCUCGCUUUAGCAAAGCCAAUGACCGCCUUUCGAAUCUCCGCUCUACUCUGUCUUCGAACGAAAGUUAUGAUAUGACUAUGGAUACUACCUCCCCCGAGGUGAUGGAAGAAGCUGUUACUGCCAUUGCGGAGUGGCAAGGUCAGCCUCGACCAAGAGCAGCACCAUAUAAUCAGUACGAACUGGUGGAGAGCACAGAUGUGCUUCCCAGCGACUCUGCCUCGCAGCAACCGAGCCCCUCCGGAGCGCGUCAUCCGAUUGGUGCUCGUAGCUCAUCGAAAAAAGCGAGAGGAUUGAUCUGGGAGAGCGUUGAUACCAUUAAAGAUCAGUACGAUGGUAUCAACGAAGCGAAUAAUCGAUUGGAGAGCCCUGCUCCUACCGUGCGAUCGCCAUGCACACCUUCAAAUCAAGAGCCCCUUCACAAGAAGACUAAACGGAAAGCAUCUGUCUUUUCUCUCCACAGCCUGGCCAACCCCCUUUCCAAGCACCCGAGAUUUGGUCUACGGAAAUGGGCCAGCAGCAUGUACCAACAGGGGAGUCAAAGGCUCAACCAGGCCCGACUGAAGUGGAUACGUCCUGCUCGACAAGAUCGCCGGAUGUUUGAAGCAUGGAGAUUGCGCCAUCGGGGGACGACCCAAGAACCAUCUCCUUGUAAAGAAAAAGCUAAUAGGAACUAUGGCAUCUAUUCGUCUGAGAGCAGGGUAUGUGCGAAUGAGGACUGGUGGAUGGAAGGCGUCAAGAUAUUUGAGGCUCCCAAAUGGAUGAACUUUAGCGGCUUUUCUCGCUCUUGA